AUAUAUAAGCUGCUAAGCACAUUCGCGAAAGCAUCAGAUGUCGAAAGGACAUCAUCUCUGAAGCUUAUUCAACAUGAAAACCACAAUUUUUCUUUACGCUCUUGUCGUCAUUGCUUACCUGUUCGUAGGUGGAAAUGCCGAAGACGAAGUCAAACUGAAUUGCAAUGACGUCAGAGGAGAUUUAUCCCUUUAUUACAAGAUAUGCGGUGAAGUAAUCUGCCAUCCGAAUGGGAGCAUCAGUAGCAAAGGUUGUGGAACCUACCAGUGUUCUCCUGACAAACCAGCGAUUGGCUACAAAGAAACGGAUUCGACCAAACCCUAUCCCGAGUGCUGCGGAGGCCCAAUUUGCCCGGACUAAUUCAUAAAAAUUUGCUGCUACCCCGAACAUUGAAAUCGUAUUUUAUUAGUUGUAGAUUGAUUAUAAACAAUAAUUGAUAAGCUCCAUAAUAAUAAGUUUGGUGACCAGAAUAAUUUCGUAAUAAAGAAUGAGUUUGUUACUAUA